AUGAUCUUCUCGGUUCUCACUCUGUUAUUGCUCUCAUCACUCGCAGAAGCUCUUCAUAUUGGCUCUUGUCUGGGACUUGUUUGCGGCAGAAAUGGUCAAUGUCUUGUGGGACCAAGCAGCAACAGUCAUCCGACGUAUUGGUGCAGGUGAGCAGGGGCAAAAGGAGCACAUUCCUACGACUGAUUAGAGAAGAUUGCGCAAUAAGAUUGAUUGCGGCACGCGUAGUUCAUACAUUCGGGCCCUGAUAAGAUAGAAUUCCAGGUAUUCCACAACUCGAGACACGUGUCGCUUUCUCAAUUUAUGGUUAACUUGACUAAUUUAUUGAUAAUUACAAUGCGACAUUCUCUGUGUCUCGUUCCCAUCAUUGAAAAACUUGCGCAACAAGAGAAAUGGGUGGGUAAUGGGGAAAAAGUGGACACCUGCGCUCACUGCGAUGAAACAUUUCCUUUAUGGGAAACCCGACCGGCGGGGCGCCCCGACCACAAGAACACCUGCAUUCUGGACCGAUCUCGGAAGCGUUCCCAAGCUUUUCCCACACGCAGAGGAAGGGAACCCAAUUAACCCGUUCGGGGCUUUGACUGCGGCUGCGAUUCUCAUUAGAAUGCGCUUUUCUCGGACGAAAAAUCGCCAAAUCGCUAGUUUAUAGGCCUGGGAACCGCGGGUGUUCCUCGUAAAUCCCUGUCAAAAAAGGACUGGUUCCUUCUGCCAGACCCCCCCCCCCCCCCCCCCUCUUCGUCUGGCGGACUGUCUUCUUGUCUUAUCAGUUGAGGGCAACCACCCUGCCGAGGCGUUUACAGCCGUGUUCCCAGGUUUGUCGGCGAGUUGGCCGAGAGCAGAGUCCGACAAUAAAACAAUAGGAUUACGGUGUCGGCGUGCUAAUAUAUACGAUCUGCCGCCAAUUCCCAGACAUUUUUAGGUGUGACGACGGAUUUGGAGGCGAUUUCUGCGAGCAACGAUGCGAUCUGAAGUGCGGAAACGACAAGAAGUGUGUAUUUGACGUGGAUUCGAAGCCAUCUUGUGUCUGCAAAGGUGAGCAUCUGUGGGCACAUCAAUCAGGAAGGCGCGCGCCACAUUCGCGCCAGAAGGUUGUAGAAUGAGUGGGAAUGGGACCACAUUGCGAAGCGAAUGAGCCCUGGUCACUCGUGUUUUCCCACCGGGACCCCGCACCCAUCACUCAUUUUUUAGCCCUCGGCGGUCACUCUCAUGAAAUGUCCCUCCACUGGUAUCAGCUGCCCCCUUUUUUUGGCGGCUGUCCCCCGACCCCUCAAUCCAUCAUAACUCCACCUUCUUUUGUGAUGGCGCCCGCCAAUUUGAAAUUGCCGAAAAGUUCGGGGGAUGUUCUAGCACGCGUCGCUUCCCUCAAUAAUUCUUUCGACGAGGACAAAUUGGACUGUACGCGGCUGCCUGAACCGCCCGUCCCACAGCUCAUUUGUCUUGUUGGCGGCCUCAAAGUGACCGCUGAUAGAUGGUUGCUCGUCGCGUCGGCCGGUCAUUCCUUCUAACCGAAUCCGUAUGUGUUUCAUGCGAUGCGCUUCUUUUUGGUGCGAUUUAUGGCCAAUGUUCGGAGGGAUCGUCGCGCGACCCGAUGGCGCCCGACGUUGCCAAACCGAAAGAGAAUGACCUAAAAACGAGCAGAUGAGCGGACAGACGUGUCUGUCGAAGCAGAAGUCCGAACGGGCGUGGCAGUUGUGGGAAAGUCGGAGAAGAAGUGGUCGGAAGAUACUGUAGUCGGGAGGAGUGACACGCCACAUCUGACCAUAUUGGGAACAAUGAAUGCUUUCAGAGUGUGACAAGAAUGGAAUCCGACUGACCACGGAGACAAUUUGUCCAUCCGGAUAUGGAGGUGAGUACGCAACAAUGAGUGAUGAUGUGAAAAGUGCACGGAAGUCGUGCAAACAAUGAGAAUCACAGCGCCCUGUAAUUAGCUGUUCCGAUUACGUAAUCAGUAGUUGAGUAAACUUGUUCCGAGCACGAUUAGUCACCAGAUUAAUGAUCAUUGGAGUACUGUAGCUGUCUCUCAAAACACCCUCAUCUUCUGUUGACCCUCCCAUGACUACUCGUCCUUUCUCUGCCCCGUCAAUACCGAUCAUCUUCGGCCGAAUCAGUCUAUAAUUACUCCCGUUGGCGUCCGUCUUCUCGUGAUAAAGGUCGUGGGAACGGCGCGAAUCUUUCGGCGCAGUUGGAGACCGAAGUGAGAACUGUAGGGAAUCCCGCAGAGCGCACUUGCUCCAUCUGGUGUCGGAGCAGAUCCGAUCUCAAAUGCACCGUGUUGCGUGUUUCCCUAAUGAGAUUGACACCUAGUAUCACAAAGGAAAUCUUCCGUUUCGGUGGUUAAUGAGGGAUAAGGAGGGCACAAAAAACAAACUUCCGGCGCAAUUUAAAUGAGAUACGAUCGUGUCGUCAUUUGAAUGAAACACUUUCUCAUGGCUAUCAAGUGGUGAUGUCACAAGUGGAUUUACGGGAACACGUUGUUGUAAAUGCACGUGUGCACAAGGAUUAGUCUCGGGCAUACUGUAGUGGCAAGCAAAAAGUACCUUGUGAUUUCCAAUUUGUGAUUGACGGCCACUCAUCUCAUUUCCCUCGAAACAGUAGUACUUACAAAUUGCGGUACUCCUCAAAGUAGACCAAUUGCAAUGAGUUUGCGGCGGUCACUUUUGAUGUGAACUGCCCGUUUGUGUGUUGCGAAUUCGAUACUUCUGGGAAUGACCGCACGGGGAUUAACAGAAGAAACACUAACUUUUGACUGACGGAGGGGUAUGCAAGUGUUUGUUUUCAGGAGACAAGUGUGUCAUUCCGGGAUGGUGCUACCCUCAUUCAUGCGAAAACGGAGGACUUUGCGUUGGAAGUGGAGCCGGUGCCCAGUGCGUGUGUGCUCAAGGAUUCGCUGGAGAACGAUGUGAAAUGGACGUGGACGAGUGUUCGGACGCGAAAGUCUGUGGAUCGAGUGGUUCAUGCGUUAACACGGUGAGUCUGGUACCCCAGCUCCCUCUGCGCCCUUUUUUCGAUUUUCCGAGAUUGUGACAAUACCGUAGAAAAUUCGAAACCCGUAAUCUACGGGUUUCGAAUUUUCUACGGGUUUGUCAAACUCUCUCGAUUUUCCCAUCGCUUACCGUAGUUCGCAGCUGGCGAUGCGAAUCGACACACAGGCGGCCGUCUGAGCGACGACAAAGAGAAUCGCCGCUUUUGUGUGAUUCAGAAUAUUUCGCGAUUCAAGGGCGGGCGCGUGCAAAUAUUAAUAGAAAUAUGCAUUUCCGGGUGACAAGAGUUAUUAGCAACAGUGUUUGUGGAUGGCUAUGUAACUGACAGCCAAGUGGGUGUCAAGUUGCCUUCUUGACUUUGUCUUCGCAUAAGCCAACGACUAUUACAUUGUUAAUCCUUCCGUUUUCAGCAUGGCUCCUAUGUUUGCGUCUGCCCAAAGGGACUCCUUCCUCCGGAUUGCUCGAGGUCCGGAAAUCAAACGGAAACUGAUGGCAAUAAGACUGCCUGCUUUUUGAAAUCAAGCCUGGAGCGCCUGAAUGGACAGAGCAUGUACUGUCAGAAUGGAGGAGUCUGUGACACGACAUUCAAGCAGCCGAAGUGUCACUGCCCUCCUGGCUUCGAGGGAUCUUCCUGUGAAAUUCGGUCAAGAGCGGAAGGUCCGUGUGCGAACAGCCCAUGCCAACACGGGACUUGCGUUUCGUUCCCGGGAGGAUUCCAAUGCGUUUGUGACGACGGAUACGGAGGAUCGUACUGCGACGAAGGGCAAGACAACUGCGCUGAUAACAAGUGCGACUCCGGCUCCGUGUGCAUCAACGGAAUCAACUCGUACUACUGCGACUGCCCUCUGGGUAGAACCGGCCAGUACUGUGACAAAGUGGACUGCAAUGCGAUUCCGGGAAUGUGCAACCAUGGAACAUGCCUUCAUUCCCCCCUCUCCGAUAAGUCAUUCGAGUGCCAAUGCGAACCUGGAUACGAGGGAGAGCUGUGCGACAUGGACAAGAACGAGUGCCUCUCCGCCAACAUGUGCCUCAACAACGGAACAUGUGUCAACUUGCCGGGAUCUUUCCGAUGUGAUUGCCCUCGCGGGUUCGGAGGAAAAUGGUGUGAUGAGCUGGUUGAUAUGUGCGAAAACAUUCGAUGUGAGCACGGAGGACAAUGCAUGCACACUUUGGAGAGAUCUCCAAUCUGCCAAUGCAAGAACGGGUUCAUCGGGAAGCGAUGCGAGAAGGAAUGUCCUUCUGGAAUCGGAGGAGUCCGCUGCGAUAUUCGCUUGGACACUGAAAUCUGCUCACGACAAGGAGGAAAGUGUUUCAACGGCGGAAAGUGUAUCUCUGGAUUCUGUGCUUGUCCUCCUGACUUCACUGGAAACCAGUGCGAAAUUUCGAGAAAAGAAGCGGCCAAGAUGGCCUCAGAUAACACGUGUCAGUCGGAACCGUGCAUGAACAACGCCACUUGCAUCAACGUGGAUGCUCAUAUCGGAUAUGCGUGCAUUUGCCAGCAAGGAUUCGAGGGAGACAUCUGUGAGAGACACAAAGGUUAUCCAAAAGAGGCUAGAAAGGAAUUAACUGGCAUAUUUUCAGAUUUGUGCGUUGAGAAUCCAUGCGCAAACGGAGGAAGAUGUCAGCAGAAACAGGAGUCUUUCGCCUGCCAUUGUCCAUCUGGAUUCCACGGAGAGCGGUGCGAGAUGGAGAAGAAACUGAUUUGUCACAACAGGUACAGAAAGAGCGCUUCCCUUUCCUUUUUAUUUUGUAUAUUUCAGCACUUGCAAGAACGGAGGAAUGUGCCACAGUGAUGGAAACACUACCAAGUGCGAGUGUUCUUAUGGAUUCACGGGACCACGGUGCGAAGAGAAACUCAAUCUGGGAGAGUUUUAUGACAAGGAAUCGUGAGUUGUUACAGUGCCUACAAUAUUCACAAGUUGGAUUUCAGUUUGUUCCGUUCCAUCUGCGAGAAAAGAAAGUGCCAGGAGAGAGCGAACGACGGGAACUGUGAUGCGGACUGCAACUACGCCGCCUGCAAGUUCGACGGAGGGGACUGCUCCGGGAAGCGGGAGCCCUUCGCCCGCUGCAAUUAUGGCAACAUGUGCGCAGAUCUGUUCGCAAACGGCGUCUGCAAUCAGGCUUGCAACAACGAGAACUGUCUCUAUGACGGAAUGGACUGCAUGUCGGCGGUUGUUCGGUGCCCCGCCAAGAUCCGAGAAUAUUGUGCCGCCCGGUUUGCCAACGGAGUUUGUGAUUUGGAAUGCAAUGCGGAUGGUUGCGGAUUUGACGGAGGCGAUUGUGCGAACAAGACGGAAGCCACUAUUCUGACGGACAUUCGCAUCAAGAUUCAGAUGAAUCCUGCAGAAUUCCAGACAAUCGGAGGACCGGCGAUGAUGGAGAUCAGUUCGGCUCUCCGUGCAGCAGUCAGAAUCCAAAGAGACGAGGAAGGUCCACUGGUGUUCGAAUGGGACGGAGAGAAAGAAGGAAAACGAGUGGAGAUGGAUGUGAAGAAGCUCGCCGAGCAAAGAGUUCUCUCUACUUCGGUUAUCAGAAAGAUCAGAAGUGCAUUGAGCAUCGGAGGAGAAAGCAAAGGCGUCGCGGUGUACUUGGAAGUGCAAGAAGACUGUGUGCGUGGAAAGUGUCUGUACAGAGAUGCUCAGAGCAUCGUUGAUAUAAUAUCUGCCCGACUUGCCAAGAAGGGAACCGAUUCGUUCGGGGUUCCGAUCUCCGAAGCGAUGAUUGCGACGCCGAGUAAAUCUGGAGAGUUCAAAGGUUCCUCGUGGAACAACAUUAUCUACAUGGCCGGAGCGUUUUGCAUAAUGGGAGUAGCCGUGGCGGGAGUUCUGUCCGUUAAGGACAAUCGUAACCGCAAACGGAGAAUGGUAAAUGCUCCAGUGUGGAUGCCGCCAAUGGGCAACGACGAUAAGAAUCGGAGGCAACAGUCAAUCAACUCGAGCCAGCAUUCUCUACUCGAAGCCAAUGGAUACUACGAUCCGAAGAGACAGCGAUCAGAAUACGAAGUGGAUCAGAACGGGCAGUACAGCCAGUUCUAUCCUCAGUCUUAUCGGAAUGGGUACAUGGAGCCGUACGGAACAGCAACUCAUGUGAACAACAAGCAUCCGGAACAACAGAGACACCAGGAAUCGGUUGUUCACCACAUGUCAGUUUUCUCUUUCUUCUAAUUCUUUGUACAUUAUCAAUUUCAGACCUCUUCUUCAACAAGCCGCCGGUGUAGAUGCUAUUAUCGGGCCGAUCACCAAAGAAUCCGUUCGACUGAAAGAUCCAGUGAACAACCGAACAGUGCUACAUUAUCUGGCUGCCAACAUAAACGGAAAACCAGAAGACUUGAUUGGAAUGGAGGUUUCCAAGUGUAUUCAAGCGGGAGCAGAUGUAAAUGCGAUGGAUCAAGAUGAGAAUACGCCUCUCAUGUUGGCGGUCCGUUCCCGGAGAGUCAGACUGGCCGUGAUAUUCAUGAAAGCUGGAGCUGAUCCGACGAUCUACAACAAAUCGGAAAGAAGUGCUCUUCACGAAGCGGCGGUGAACCGAGAUUUGAUAAUGAUGCAGAGACUGUUGACUGACAAGCGAAUCGUUAGAGAUAUCGAAGAACUUGAUCGGAAUGGAAUGACUGUCCUCAUGACGAUUGCACUGAAGGAAGGAGAGUUCCAAAUCGAAAUGGCACAGCUUCUUCUGGCGAAAGGAGCAAAGAUCGAUUCGGACGGAAAGUCUCGUGUGGACACGGAGAAGUACUCCGGACGGACGGCACUUCAUUACGCGGCCCUGUUUGACAACCUGCCGAUGGUGGAGUUCCUUGUUUCCCAGAAUGCGAAUAAAGACAAGCAGGACGAGGCAGGACAGACUCCGAUUAUGCUGGCGGCCAAGUGCGGCCACGAGAACACUGUCAUGAUGUUGAUCAGAAGUGGAGCGAGCGUGGAAGCAGUCGACUCAAUGGUAAGUUCGAAAAAAUGCCACUUACUUCCAAUUGACACGUCAUUCUCAAAUUACAGGACUUCUCCGCCCGACAACUGGCGAUGGUCAGCAAUCAUCGGCACAUCGUCGAGAUCCUCGACCAAUACCGUCCGAACCUCGAAUAUCAGGGAGAAAUGAGACAUUUGCAACAAGGACCGCAGCAGGCAGCUCCACCGACGAAUCGGAAAACGGCUCGUGCAACAUACAAAUCGGUCAAGAAACAGACGAAUCGGAAGAAGGAGCAGCCAUCAUCGCGAGAUUCCACUCACUUGACUCCGCCCCCUUCCGAUGGUUCCACGUCUUCUCCGUCCCCGCAGCACUUUCUAGCCACUUCGCACACGACUCCCACGGGUUUGAACUACAUGAGCCCCGAUUAUCAGCCUGAAGUGGCCGGCGCCGAAGCUGUGAGUUUUUUUCUGAAUCUUCCAAAUUAAACGAGUCGUUUUUUCAGUUCCAGCCGCAAUGCAACGCCCAUCCGUCCGGAGAUAUGUGGUUCACUGCCUCUCCAACGUACGCUCCGAUGUCUCAGAACGAGCCGAUGAUGCACCGCCCCGAAGCGGCUUAUCAGUACUACUAG